UGACCACCAUAUCACAGCAUUUACACCGUGCUGCCGGUCAGCAUGAUCAACUCACGCUAUUCGGCGCAACUUGCGCCCCUAUUACUUCGUCAUGGCAGUAGAACAGCUUUUUCUCGAGCUGCAAGACUUCCUCGACACAUGCCAGCAGUCGCCAUAGUAGUCCCGCGCCAUACGAUCUCGACCGAACGAUCGCAACAUGGAGAGAACCAAGGCCCGCCACCCGGCUUCAACAUGGACCAGGCUAAGAAGCCACUUCCAAAGGACGCCGACAAGUCUGCCCCUAAGAAUGCUGCCGACCAGAAGAUCAGCAUCCCUUCCGCAACGCCCUCAGAGAGCGCACCCACCACUGCGUCAGAACGGCAUGCUUUGAAUCAACUGGCAGCGCAGACUGCUGCUGAGAACAAAGACGCAGAGAAGAAGGAAGUGGCCAAGAAGGAGGAAAAGAAGAAGAUGACUCUGUGGCAAAAGGUCAAACACGAAGCGCAGCAUUACUGGGAUGGCACGAAGCUGUUGGCGACAGAGGUCAAGAUUUCCUCAAAACUUGCGCUGAAGAUGGCAGCCGGAUAUGAGCUCACACGAAGGGAGCACCGCCAGCUGACCAGAACUGUGCAAGAUUUGGGUCGACUUGUGCCAUUUUCAGUGUUCGUGAUUGUGCCUUUUGCGGAAUUGCUGUUACCUGUGGCUUUAAAACUCUUCCCAAACAUGCUCCCUUCUACAUAUGAAGGGGCCCAGAGCAAAGAAACUAAGGCAAUGAGGCUGCGGACAUCAAGAAAGGAAGUUUCCAAAUUCCUGCGUCAAACCAUGAGGGAGUCUGGUCUUCCCAUUUCUGCCGCGACUGCGCAGAAGGAGGAGUUCACCGAGUUUUUCCGCAAGCUGCGUUCGACGGGCGAGGAACCAACCAAGUCAGACGUCAUUAAGGUCUGUAAGCUGUUCAAGGAUGACUUGACCUUGGAUAACUUGUCAAGACCUCAGCUCGUGGGUAUCUGCAGAUACAUGAACCUUGGCACAUUUGGCACAGACGCUAUGCUUCGAUACACGAUCCGACACCGCAUGCGACAGAUCAAGCGCGACGACAAGGCUAUCAGCUUUGAGGGAGUUGAUUCGCUCUCUGUCCCUGAGCUGCAGAACGCAUGUGCCGCACGUGGACUGCGGACGCAUGGCAUGAGUCCAGCACGUCUGCGAGAUGAUCUCAGGCUUUGGCUGGACCUCCGUCUCAAGUAUGGUGUGCCAAGUACUCUACUUGUGUUGAGCAACGCUUUCAUGUACGCUCAGGGCAAGGAGAACGAGUUCGAUGGUCAGCUCUCAGCACUGCAGGCUGUGCUUUCCAGCAUUCCUGAGGAGCUCUUCCACGAGAUCGAACUUGAGGUCCACACUGCAGAAGGUGCCACCACCAACAAGCAGAGACUGCAGGUCAUCAAGGAGCAGCAAGAGCUCAUCCAAGAGGAGAACGAGCAGGCUGAAGAGCAGAAGGCUUCAGGUCGUGAAGAGAAGGUCAAUGACAAGGAAGAUAUUGACGAGAAGACAGAAGAUCAGAAGCACGACGAAGCACUUGCCCAGAGUGAUUCGAGGCAUCAGGAAAUGUUGGAAGCAGAGCAAGAUCUCGAGAGACAGCAGGCAAAGUUUGAGGGCCCAAGUGACAGCAGAUUGGAGGAAUCCAGUGCUGGCACCAAGGACGGACCAUCUCCUACAGCCGAGAAGGUGGAAACUUCUGAGAAGAAAUAGAUUGCAUCCAGCGACAGCAAGGAGCAUGGUCAACGGCAUUGCGGGAAUGUGGAAUAUAGAGCAUAGACUGGCACGGGCGUCACGUUUGCUUUUCAUUUAUUGAUACGGCGGCGAAAGGCUGACCUAGAAGGCGAGGCAUGGCAAGGACACUGUACCACGGUAAAAAGGACGCUACUCAAUCAGCGUCAUCACAAAGCAUCGAUUCUGCAGAAGUAUGACUUAGAAUCAGAACGAAGCCAGCGUUCGUGAGAGCCAAGGCGCAACAGUCUCGUCAAG